ACGGGGGAGGGGGAGAAGGCACAGGGACUGGGGGCGGUAAGACGGCCCAGAUCCCAGUUUGGGAGGCGGGAUACCCGGGAGAUGAAGACUCAAAAAUUACAGCGGAGAGAUUCUUCCUUAAUAACGAGGUUUGGGGGCCAAGGUUCUUGGAGGGUCUGGGGAACCAAGGUUCCGAGGCAGAGUCUCCAUAUUUUCAGCUUUAGUGUUCGGGAGACCCCGUUUCCUAGAACUGAUAGGAAUGGGGGCGGAGGAACGAUCCUGGGGUCCUAGAAAUCGGGAAGCGGGAUACCCUUUCCCAAUUCCAGGGCCUUGGAGAAUGGGGGAGGGUAAGUUAAGAGAGGGCGCCGAGGAUGACGGAGGUGGGAGUUUGGAGCUUUCAGGAAUUUCAGGGAAAGGAUAGGUUGGGAAGGAGGAGGAAAGAGAAAUGUCUGAAGAUGAGGACAGAUUUUGGCCUACACCCUACUAGUGUCUAUGGCCAAAAAUAGAGUCCACUUCUCUCUGGUCUGUCUGCAAGGCUGGGCGUCCCAUAGCUGGAGCCUACAUCAUGCCUCCGGAACUCUACCCCAUGGGUACAGAAUCCAGGCUCACAAAUCCCCCCACAUAACCUGGUGGGGUCUGGGGAGGGCCAUGAGGGAGUGAUGGCAUUCAGUUUCCCCAGGGCCUGAUGGAGUCUGGACUAUCCUGUUACUCCUUGCCCUGGGGCCUCCUUCCUGCUCCUGUGGUCUCUAAUCUGGAGUCUCAUCCCAUAUUCACCUCUGUGGCAGCCUCCUCCCUCUCCUUCGCACCUUCUCCCACACCUUCUGACCUCGGCAAAAAUCGCUGAUUUGGUAACUUGAUCCCGUGCCUGGCUGCGGUCAAAAGCAGAAGAGAAAAGUAGAGUUGGGGGGAGGGGAGAGGAUAUAAGGGAGCAUGGCUGAUUUAGGUCCUUAUUCUAGCCCCUACUCCCACCCCUAAGGCCUACCCAACCCCUCCUCCAGUCACCACCCUCACACCCGACUUGCUCAGAAACCUUACCCAACCCAAGCCUCAGCCUAAGUCCAGUCCCUCACCUCAAGAUUCACUGCUUCUGCCUGGGGAUACACCAGAAUUCUGGGCAGAGAGGAGUAGGAAGCUCCGAUGUCUUUUCUCUGCCUUCCUGGGUCCCAUCCGGGGGCUUGAGGACUGCUCACGGAUACUGGAUUAAGGAUAUUGAAUCGGGGGCAGCAGGGGAGCCCAGGGUCUGGGGGGUGAGGGAAGCUACCUCCCUGGUCUGCAGGACGGGCCCCACUUCUGCAACUCUCUCCGCAGUGACGCAGCCUCGAGUCCUGGCCAGGAUGGGUGUUAGAGGGUGUGAUGGGGGGGGGGGGGUGUCAGAGACCAAAGGACAGCGGGACAAAGUCCCAAAGAAGUGGGGACAGAGACUCUGAAGGGGGCAAAAGAGACACAGGGAGCAAGGAUAGAGACCCAAAUAGGGGGACAGAGAAAAAGAAAGGGCAGAAAGAGAAAAGGCACUUACAAAGGAGGGAAAGUGGUGGAGGAGAGGAAAAAGACACUGGGAGUGAGGUUGUAAGAGAACAAGAGCAAGGGGGACAGAAAGGCAGAUGAAUGGGCAGAGAAGGGGGUGGGGCGUAGAGAUUGGGAGAGGGGAGUGGAGGACAGAGACACAAAGAAGACAGAGGGCUGGAGGGAACAGAGACCCAGAGAGUGGGAGACAGGGUCCUAGAGCAAGGGGGACUGCGACCCAGAGAAGGGGCAGAUUGGCGAGGAGGGGCGGGGAGUGGGUAGUGGAGGUCAGAGACACAAAGAGGACGGAUAGAGACCGGGAGGGGACAGAGGCCCAGAGAUAGAGGCAAAUCCCUGAGAAAAAGGUACAGAAACCAGGAGAAAGAGACUGGGGGUAGGGGGGAAAGAGACACAAUCGGGGGAGAGGAUGGGGGCAAAGACUCAGACGAGAGGGACACCUUCAGAGAACAGUGGGACAGAGACCCAGAGGGAGGGUAGAUAGAGACUUGUAAGAGGGGCCAGAGUCUCAGAGUGGUGAGGGCAGAGACAGGGGACAAAUACUCAGAGAAAGGGGAGAGAAAGACAUCGAGAGACACAGAAACGGGAGCGGGGGGUGGGUGGGUAGGCGAUACGAACCAGCCGCCGCACCUGCAGAGGGAGGCGGCGGGCCAGGGAUAGUGCCGCGGGAGGAAGCCCGCAGCCCCUGACCCGCCCCCUUCGCUCCCGCAGGCACCGCCUCCUCCCGCCGCAGCCCGGGCAGCAGCCGCUGGCCCCGCCCCAGCGCCUGCGCCCUGCUACUCGGCGUCUGGCCAGCCAAGGGGGCGGGGCCGGACACGCCCUUCACCUAGCCCCGCCCUAAACCUCCCUCUCUCCCCUCCCGCCGGGACUCCCGGACACCUAGCCCCGCCCCAUUUUUUCAUUGGUCCUGCUUAUUUCCUAGCCUUCCCAGCGCUUAGGUUUUUCCCCUCCGCCGCCCUUAAGGCUCCCUCUUCACUAGUCCUCAUUCAUCCUUUGGUCUCCAGUCUGCAGUUCGCUGUUGUGUAGACUUGGUCCCUUUUUCAUCAGCAGUUGGAAGUUCUUGUAUCGCCCUCUAAAGCCCCACUGACUCUUAGGACUCUCUCCCAGGUUCUGAGCCCCAAGCCUCCCCAUUCCACGUCCCACCCUUCCAACCAGCCCAGUAUCUUUGUACCCUGCAGAUCUCACCUUUCCCAUAGUGUACCCAUUAUCCGUUCUCUACUCUGAACCCUGCCCCACCCCGCCUAGCCUGGUUCCUUACACGCCUCUUAGAACCAUACUCCCGCCUUCCCACAGCGCCCUUUAAGAGGUUUUCUACCAUUCGUAGACCCUGCCCACCUUCCUCAGAUCCGUCCCAUCCAUUCUGACCCUCAUUUUCCCGGCCCAGCCCUGUCUGACCAGGACAAGUUUGCAGCUCCGGCCCCUCCUCUUCCUUACUUCGCCCCCUUUCUUAGUCCUAGACAGACGCUCUCAGGUUUCCAGGCCUCGCUUACGUCCGCUCCUCCUCACUGGGUCUCAGUCCCUAUUCCUCCUUAUAGUCCAGCCUAGUGCCAGUCUUGCCAAAGUACUCUCUACUCUCCAUUUCCAGUUCCCGCCCCUCGUUCAGUCUCGCCCCCUCACUCUCCCAGGCCAAUUAGGACUGCUCCUAACUUUCUCAGGCCCUGCCUCUCUUUAAGAUCCGCCCUGUGGCGACAAAGCGAAGUUAGGGACCCAAGCGGGCUGUUUCCAUCCGCCCUUCCCCACCGGGUCCUGCUUGCCAGCUCUUUAGGUCCUUUCUCUGUCCAGUUAGGGCCGUCUCCCCCAUGCCAGUCAGAAGUCUUUAAAUAGUUUGGACGUGUCCCCUUCCUCUGCUGGACCCGCUCCUUUUUUCAGUUCACUCAGAUCUCGUAUCUGGUCCCACCUCCUCUGUUUUCCUUGCGCUGUCCAGCCCCGCAGCUUUAGUUGUCGGUCCCGCCCCCUAACGCCUAGCUCCGCCCGCCCCUUCUCUCGGAAGAUCCAAUCGGUGUGCUUCACCUGCAGCCCCGCCCCGUCCAGCUAGGCUGUGCGGAGUCCCCGACCUUCUCCCUGCCUCAGCCCCGCCCUACCUCCCCCAGGCCAAUCAGUUCUGUUCCUCCCCUACCGCGGCCCCGCCCCCUCCCCUCGUCGCCUCCUUCACCCAAUCCUGUCUGCCUCUCCCCCUGAGGCCCCGCCCCCUACUCCCCGCCCCUCUCGCCCCGCCCCCCGUCCAAUGCUGAGCUCAGUCUGCGUCUCGUCCUUCCGCGGGCGCCAGGGGGCCAGCAAGCAGCAGCCGGCGCCACCGCUGCAGCCGCCCGAGUCCCCGCCGCCGCUUCCCCCGCCGCCGUCACCGCCGCCGCUGCAGCAGCAGCAGUCUGCGCAGCCCGGCCCCGCCGCGUCCUCGGCGGGCCCCCCGGCACCUCGCGGGCCCGGGGGCCGGCGCGCCGAGCCAUGCCCCGGGCUGCCGGCGGCGGCCAUGGGGCGGCACGGCGGCGGCGGUGGCGACAGCGGCAAGAUCGUGAUCAACGUGGGCGGCGUGCGCCAUGAGACGUACCGCUCGACGCUGCGCACCCUGCCGGGGACGCGGCUGGCCGGCCUGACGGAGCCCGAGGCGGCGGCGCGCUUCGACUACGAUCCCGGCGCUGACGAGUUCUUCUUUGACCGGCACCCGGGAGUCUUCGCCUACGUGCUCAACUACUACCGCACAGGCAAGCUGCACUGUCCGGCUGACGUGUGCGGGCCGCUUUUCGAGGAGGAGCUCGGCUUCUGGGGCAUCGACGAGACCGACGUGGAGGCCUGCUGCUGGAUGACCUACCGGCAGCACCGCGACGCCGAAGAGGCGCUCGACUCCUUUGAGGCUCCGGACCCAGCGGGCGCAGCCAACGCCGCCAACGCCGCCGGCGCCCACGACGCGGGUCUGGACGACGAAGCGGGUGCGGGCGGAGGCGGCUUGGACGGCGCGGGCGGCGAGCUCAAGCGCCUCUGCUUCCAGGACGCGGGCGGCGGCGCCGGGGGGCCGCCAGGGGGCGCGGGCGGCGCCGGCGGCACGUGGUGGCGCCGCUGGCAGCCCCGCGUGUGGGCGCUCUUCGAGGACCCCUACUCGUCGCGGGCUGCCAGGUAUGUGGCCUUCGCCUCCCUCUUCUUCAUCCUCAUCUCCAUAACCACCUUCUGCCUGGAGACCCACGAAGGCUUCAUCCAUAUCAGCAACAAGACAGUGACCCAGGCCUCCCCUAUCCCCGGGGCUCCACCAGAGAACAUCACCAAUGUGGAGGUGGAGACGGAGCCCUUCCUGACCUACGUGGAGGGCGUGUGUGUGGUCUGGUUCACCUUCGAGUUCCUUAUGCGUGUCACCUUCUGCCCGGACAAGGUGGAAUUUCUCAAGAGCAGCCUCAACAUCAUCGACUGCGUGGCCAUCUUGCCCUUCUAUCUCGAGGUGGGCCUGUCGGGCCUCAGCUCCAAGGCCGCCAAGGACGUGCUGGGCUUCCUGCGGGUCGUCCGCUUCGUGCGCAUCCUCCGCAUCUUCAAGCUCACGCGCCAUUUUGUGGGGCUGCGCGUGCUGGGCCACACGCUCCGCGCCAGCACCAACGAGUUCCUGCUGCUCAUCAUCUUCCUGGCGCUGGGCGUGCUCAUCUUCGCCACCAUGAUUUAUUACGCCGAGCGCAUCGGCGCGGACCCCGAUGACAUCCUGGGCUCCAACCACACUUACUUCAAGAACAUCCCCAUCGGCUUCUGGUGGGCCGUGGUCACCAUGACGACCCUGGGCUACGGAGACAUGUACCCCAAAACGUGGUCGGGGAUGCUGGUCGGGGCCCUGUGUGCCCUGGCCGGGGUGCUCACCAUCGCCAUGCCCGUGCCCGUCAUCGUCAACAACUUUGGCAUGUACUACUCGCUGGCCAUGGCCAAGCAGAAGCUGCCCAAGAAGAAGAACAAACACAUCCCCCGCCCCCCGCAGCCCGGCUCUCCCAACUACUGCAAGCCCGACCCUCCCCCACCGCCCCCGCACCACGGCCACCAUGGCAGCGGCGGCAUCAGCCCCCCGCCCCCCAUCACCCCACCUUCCGUGGGGGUGACUGUGCCUGGGGCCUACCCACCGGGCCCCCACACGCACCCCGGGCUGCUCAGGGGGGGAGCGGGUGGGCUUGGGAUCAUGGGGCUGCCUCCUCUGCCAGCCCCUGGGGAGCCUUGCCCUCUGGCUCAGGAGGAAGUCAUUGAGAUCAACCGGGCAGAUCCCCGCCCCAACGGGGACCCCGCCGCAGCUGCGCUUGCCCAUGAGGACUGCCCAGCCAUCGACCAGCCCGCCAUGUCCCCGGAAGACAAGAGCCCCAUCACCCCUGGGAGCCGAGGCCGCUAUAGCCGGGACCGAGCCUGCUUCCUCCUCACCGACUAUGCCCCUUCCCCUGAUGGCUCCAUCCGGAAAGGUUACGAGAAAUCCCGCAGCCUGAGCAGCAUCGCGGGCCUGAGUGGGGUGUCCCUGCGCCUCGCGCCCCUUGCCACUCCCCCGGGCUCUCCCAGGGCCGCCCGCCGCGCUCCCCCAACCCUGCCCUCCAUCCUCUAGCGCUCCCCUCCCCCCCGUGGGGGGACUCGGGGGUGACAGGGAAGAAGGUCAAAGGGGCUGGGGGUGGGGGGUGGGGGAAAGGGUUUAAAAAAAAAAUCAAAAAGUCAUUAAUAAUAUGCAACUGAGACGACGACGCCAGCAGACACCCCCGGACCCCUCACCCCCACCUGGGCCCCCAGGAUGGAGGGGGAGGAGCCAAAGUCCACCUCCCCAACUCUCUACCCCCCCAAUAAAGCCUUCUCAGGUCUCCAUGAGCCAUAGGACAUCCCGCUCCCAUAAACUCCUGUAAAUACGUCCAAAUUAUGCCAAUUACAUUUUGGGGCGCCUCUCCCCUACUCUGCAUGCCUCCCUCAACCUGGACAACCCCCGCUCCAACCCCACCUCAGCAAUGAGCCACCAGGGGCUGCAUGCCACGGCAGGGAGGGAAGGGGAAUUCUGGGAAGGGGGCGGGGACCUCAAGGGGAUGAGCUGGCGUUUAAGCGGCAGGAGGGUUUCCGGGCCUCCUACCCUUCACCCCAGGAGGGCAACCCAUCACAUUGAUGUGAUAUAUAUAUAUAUAUAUAUAUUAGCAACAAUGUGGGGGAAGGAGUAACAGUCACUUGAGGCCCCAACAUGAGCUGAGCUCAGAUGGUAGAAGCAGAGGCAUGGGGCGUGUGCUGUGGACAGCUGCUCCCUCAGCCUUUAGGAGGACCCCUGGUGAAUGUGACCCUGUCAUCUCUCCCCAAUUCUCCCUCCCCAUCCCAACCCUCCCCCAAGGGAUCUGCUCGCCUCUAUUCUUGCUGCAUGGACUCAGACCUCCCAUCUCAGAAUUUCUGGGAUGAUCCUGGCCCUAGCACACAAAAUUCCCCAAUACCCCCUUCAAAUUACCAGGACAUGAGACCUGUACCCAGAAUUCCUGAGACCAACCCUGGCACCCCGCAUCCCCUAAAUCCCCACAGGGUCCUGGGACUUAACCUCUGCAUACAGAUGCUGCCCCCCCCAAGCCCCACCCCACCCAUUGCCUGGACUGCAUCCCAGCACCUCGAACCUCCAAGACUUGACCCAGCCCUUCAGCUCACUUUCAGCCUUUGGGAUGCUCCAAAUCCUUCCCACACUUGGACAUUUCUUGGACACCCCCAAAUCCUCAGGCCUCCCCACCCCACCCAGAUAUACCCAAAUCUCUGACAUCAGACAUCCAUCUCAGGUUCUCCUGAUGCUAGAAUUUCCAAGAUAGGCUCAACCUGUCUGCAAUUCCAGGGAACCAGACCUUCCCCUGGGCAUCCCCUUUCUUAUGCCUAGACCUGCCUCUUCCAAGAGCCCCUCCCCCUACAUGGUGCCCAAAAGGGACCCUCUUCAUGGACAUCAGUGUUUCCCAGAGGGCUAUAUUUGGACCCCUGGUGAUGUGCUAAAGUUUUAGGCAGUACAAGGACACUUAAUCUAGAAAGUUUUGUCUUUUACGGCAUCUUCCAAAGAGGCCGGUGGUAAGUCCGGAUACUGCUCCCUGGCCCGGACACCGUUUAUUUAGGGUAGAGUGUUUCCACUCACAGCAGAGGCUGUGCCCCCAUCAAGGGACACUGGAACAUGGGAAGCCUGGGAAACGACAAACCUACACGGGCUGGAAUCCCAGCCCACCCUUCUCCGGCAUUCCUCGUCCUGCCAUGCUCAUGGGCGGAAGAUCAUUUCUCAUAUCCCAUCCUGGCUCAAGGAUGCGCUACCUCCCCCAAGCCCAGAGACCACACGGUCCCAGAAUCCUUAGAGGGGACCACCCCUUUUGGAGCUAGAGGCCUACAGAAUUAGCAACCUCCCUCCCUCUGCUCCCACGGCCUCAGGAGCCCCCCCCCCCCGCAACCCGAGGGUUGGGGGGUGUCACUGAGCACGAUUCUUGAUGCAACGAUUCCUAUGCAAGGGGCAUUUUGAGUCCCCCCAUCCUUCCCUUGGACCCUAAACCCUGGCGAAUCAGGGGUGAGGGGUGGGGCAGGUUCUGGUGGGAGCGGGGUGGGAUAAGGCAAAGGGCUAGGGGCUCCAGACACCAGGGUAUGGGGGUGGGGACUGGUUAUAUUGCCAAAGGGUUUAACUUCUUAAAAAAUAGCCCCCAGAUUCCCAUGACCCUCACGGAAGCCGAACAGCGCAGGGAAAGGGGGUGAGGAUCUUUUCCAAAGGGUACAGACCUCUUCCCAACGUCUCCCCCUGCUCGCCAAUCUGCCACACGUACCCAGCUUUUUAGUUCAGCUUUUGAAAGUAAUCACGAUCAUAAACUUUUACAAAACGUGACUCUCCUCCUUCACCACCGUCCCCAUCCCCCAAGUCAACAGUGUGGGAUUUGGGGAGGAAGAGAGAGCUAAAGGGACAACUUCCAAGUCCCGCUCCCCUUUUCUCCUCGGCCGCCAGGGUGCCUGCAACUACACGCAUGCGCUGCAUGACGCGCUCCCCACACGCAUGUCGCGCCCCUCCUGCGCUCCGGGAACGCACGGACACGGGGCGGGGGGCGGGGCGAUUGGGGAGGAAGGAACGGCGGGGGGGUCUCCCUGAGUUCAGCGGCUCCUCGUCCCCAUCACACACACAGCAAUAAGACUCUCUCACUCAAAUGUGGGCGGGGCGGGCCUGGCCUGUCGAAGUGGGAGGUGGGAGGAGUGGCGAGGGGGCGCUCUCAGGGAUGGGGGCGGGUGUCCGGAGUCAGUGUGGGGAGGGGAGGUCUGCAAAUCGUCCAACUCUGGUGCUAAUGGCGGGUCUUCUCAGCCCACCCCCAGGGCAGGGAGGGAGGGGUCGGCAUGGCCCCUCCCCCAAGUCUCCCCCACGCCCACCCUGGGUGCAUGAACCACCCAAUGCAGAAGCUGCCGCAUGUCACCUGCCCUCCCUAAAGAAAAAAGUGUCAUGCCCCCUUCCCACCCACCCUCUUACUUCCCACCAAAAUAAAAGUUUCCUUUUCAUUU